GCCAGGAAACAGCAUGAAGUGUAUGUAGCAACACUUCGAGAAAUUGGCUUGGAUGUCAUUGAAUUGCCGGCUGAUGAAAGUCACCCAGAUUGUGUGUUUGUAGAAGACAUAGCCAUUGUCUGCAAUGGAAUUGCAUUAUUGACCAGACCUGGUCAUCCAUCCAGAGAAAAGGAGGUGGAAUACAUGAGAGCCAUAUUAAAGAACGAACUUGAGCUUCCUGUGAUAGAAAUACCUGAUGAGACAGCUACACUAGAUGGAGGAGAUGUACUUUUCACAGGUAAAGAAUUUUUUGUUGGCUUGUCAUCCCGCACCAACCAGGCUGGAGCGUGUGCUCUGGCCUCCGCCUUCCCUGAGUUUCCAUGCACACCAAUCAAGGUGGAGAAGUCCCUCCAUUUAAAAUCAGCUGUAACUAUGGCCGGACCAGAUGUCAUGUGUGUUGGGAGUUCUCCUGAGGCGAAAGACAUUUUGAAGCGCAUCGAACGUGAAGCAACAUUCCGUUAUCAAACAUUGACUGUACCUGAUGAUAUGGCAGCUAAUGUUGUAUUUGCAAAUGGCUAUCUAAUGCAUCGUACAGGAGAUGAAUAUCCAGCUUCUGCAAAGGUGUUUGAGGAGAAGUUGUCUCAUUGGACAUUAAAACCAACAGCAUCGACAGAGAUGGAAAAAGCCCAGGGAAGUCUUACGUGCUGUUCCAUUCUCAUACGCAAGACUCGGCACCUCAAGAACAUCAUGUGAAAGUAAAUUGUAUGUUAGCAAGUCAGAUACAAUAAUGAAAACAUUUCAAACCGAAGCCUUUCUCAAGAAACCAGUGACUUGAAAUUUGAUAUCUGCCACAUACCUUUGAUGCCUCAAUAGUUUCUGGUGAUAUAUUCUUAAAAAAGCAGCCUGAGAACAUUCCAAUGCCUUCUACAAUCCAUGAUAUAUAGUGGGAUAACUAUGUUAGGAUAGGAGGCUGGAUUUUUUUUACAUAUUUCCUACCCUUUGUAAAAUUACACUAUGACUGCACCUUGAAUUUUUGUAAACUGAUGAGUGAUAUUAAUAUUUAAUUAAUUUUUCUAUAUUCUAGUGUUUUAAUAUACAAUACCAGUAUGGAAAGCUAAAAGAAACAAUAUAUCAUUAAAAUACUGUAUCUGUAUGCAGUAUUUAAAUUAGUGAAAUGUAUUCCAAAAAUAAUAUUUUUUCUGAUUUUAUUAAGAUGUAUGUAGUCCAGAGUGGUAAAGAUCUUACAAUUAUGAUACCAAACUUCUUCUGUUUUGGAAAUGCUAUUUGGGAAUCCUUUUGCCUUGUAAUUGUAUGCAUUUGUUGACUCUUCACCCACAUUAUUUUCCAGAUUGUUACAGGAGGCUUGUUAUGGUUAGAAAGACAAGUUCUGUGAUCAGAGGUUGGUUUGAAAUGCCAUGCUGUUGGUUUGUGUCCUGUUAGUGUAUGGCAUUCUGUUGUCACUGUUUAAAUCAACAGGCAAAACUAUUACUUUGCUCCAGAAAUAUUUUAUUCACUUUACAGUGAUGUCAGACAUACUGUGAUUACCAGACUACAGCUACACAGUUUUAGGCUAAGGGACAACGUUAAUGCAUAUUAAAGAUCUGGAUUUAGAGCUUCUUUUUUUAUUAUAAUAAUGAUAAUAAAGAUCUGGAGCUGACGAAGGAUUAAUUGUCAGCAUUCAUUUUAUUUAUUUUCUGGAAGACACCAAAGAGUAGGUAUACUGCACAUAUCAUUCUAAUAGUAUUUUCUUGAGAUGUAGUGUAACAUUCUGUGACUGUUUUCAAGACGUGUGGAACUUAGCUACAAUGUUGACCAUCCCAGAGAUUAAAAUGGUUUUUGAAGCUGGACGUUUUUAUCGAGGAAAUGGUUCUGCAUAGUCAAGAGGUAUAAAAAUUUACACAGGUCAUUUUGUCUGUGUAAAAAGUUCUUUCUGGUUGAUGCAAAAUAAGCAACAAACAUAUCAGUAAUAAUGAUAAUUACAGACAGAAGGUUAAGUAGAUGGACACAUACAGCUGAUGUAACAUUUUAUUGUGGCAGUGUUUCACUCUCCAGGAGCUUUGUCAAGUCAUUAUUAUAUGGCUUGACAAAGCUCCUGGAGAGUGAAAUGUUGUCACAACAAAAUGUCAGAUUAGUUGCAUCUGUGUACAUUUGCCUAAUAAGUAUAUUUAUACUAGCUUGUUGCUCAUCACUGCAUUGGUCAAGUGAAGUCUGAUAACACACUUUUAAACAUCUCAAUAAAAGUCGUGUUUUGUAUUUACCUUAUUUCAACCAUCUUGUUUAUUAGCCAUCUCUCUCCAUCUAAUAACUUUAGGUUUAAAGGUGCUAAGAUUCAUAUUAAUUUUAACAUUAUUCCUUACCUUUGUGCUAAAUAAUAAUAUCUAAAUAAUUAAUGGGUGUAUUUUGUUUUCUGAUCUUGUAAUCAUUUCUCCAGAAGUGAAUCCCAAAUUUUGUUAGUUUUUUUUUUAAUCCGAUUAUGUUAUGAUCUCACAAAUUACAGAAGUGAUUGAUUUUUUUUCUUGGUAAAUUAUCUACUGUGCAGGCUGCCAAUAUUAGGAAAAAGUUACUCUCAUAAACAUGAUCUUGACUUGCAUGCAAUUUAUGUUUUUAGGUUAUGAAUUACAGAUGUACUUCAUUUCAUAUUUUGUGUAACUGAUUUUAGAAUGUUUCAUCUGUGAUUUAAUAAGUUUUCUUCUACCAGUGUGAACAAGGUUGCUGAAUUGUCCACAUUUGGGGUACAGUAAUGCAAUGUGUGUGUGUGUGUGUGUGUGUGUGUGUGUGUGCACGCAUAGUACUAUCUGAAUUUUUGAAGAGUUGAGUUCCAGCUACUGGUCCUGCUUAUUAAGUUUCAAAAACUGACAAUAAGUAAUCAUGUCAUUCCUAAUUUUGAACCCAUGUAAAGUGCCUGCUUCCACCAUGCCCUUGUUUAGGUCCACUUUUUUCACCUAUCUUGUAUUAAACUUCCUAAUGUAUCCCUGCAGUUUACUUGCAUCUGCAAUUUCCAUACAUACUUUGUACUUAUUUCAUUCAUGUGAAAAUGAGUCCAUCCUUGUAUACCCUCUUGGUGCCCAAAAUACUUUGUAUGUCUUAAUCAUAUUCCCUCUCUUUAUUCCUCCAACAAUUUGUUGUGUAUUCUUGAGUAUAGAUUGACCUCUUGUAUAAGUCAACCCUUGACUCCAAAAAAUUCUUUGUUUCACACAUCUCAUGUUUAAAUCUCUUCUAGUUUUUGAGACACAGUAGAACAUCAGUUGAGAAUAAAAGUACUGCAUGUUUGUAUUAUGUUGUUUGGUACAUGUUUUAGCCUGUCUAAGUUUAGUCUUACAUAUAUAUGUAUGUAUAGGAAGAGACUAAAAUAAAGUGAAAACACAAACUGGGCUGAUGUGGUGUUGGAGUCGCUAUAUUGAGGUCACGUGAGCAGCAUGACUUGCUUCAUGCUUCAACAAAUGUAGUCUUUCAAUCUAAUAAAAAUAGAGGAACACUGGAAUAAGCCUACUUACCAGCUAGUACUUGGUAGGUCCUGCUAAGCCCAAUCAUUCCCAUUUAUUGACAACUGUUGACAAACCAGUGCUUUUUUAAAUAAAAAUGAGGCACUGCAUUUAGCCUAUUCUAGCAGGUUUUCUCGCCCAACCAUUUGUACUCGUGAAACUAAUCUCAGAUUAUUGCUUUCACACUUAACAGAAAAAUGCUGCAGUAGACCUACUGGCCCUUCUAUGCAACUAUGUAUUUCCUACAUAAUAGAGGAACACUGCAGUAGGGCUAUUGGCACUUACUAGGGAGGUUCCUCUCAUCAGCCAUUCUCACCUGCAUGUACCUUUAUUUCUAAAUCAGUGCUUCUUUAUAUAAAAACAAACAGAUAAGUACCACAUUAGGUUUACUGGUCCAUGAUAUGCAGGUCCUAUUCUCAUUUAACCAUUCCCACUUGUGUAUUUGUUAAACGUAUUUUUUAUAAUCGUGUAAGAGUAGCAGGUUAGAAGCAUCAUAGAGUAGGACCCAAGUAUCUGCGGGUUCGGUUUCCACAGUAGGUCUUGGAACGUAUCCCCUGUGGAUAUGGGGAUGGAGUAGUGGAAGUUAACUUUUUCAUCCAUCAUAUAUCCUUCAAAGUACAGUAUAAGUGUUCCUCUUAUGCUGUACAUACAUUUCAUGCCCUUGGCCUCUGUAUUAGGCUCAGGCAGGCCAUAAAGAAUUACACAAUAAUCUUGGAUGCAUGUUGGAAACCAUGCCAGUAGCACAUGAUGAGCAUAAAUCGCAUUUAUGGAAUUGCCAAAAGAAAUAAGAUAUUGUGUAAUAGUAAAGUUUCAUAAAGUGAAUGAGCAAGCACAGUGGUACCUCGAGUUUCAAACAGCUCCCAACUCGAACAAUUGUGUAAGUGUAUUUUUGUGAGUGCUUUUGUAAGUAUUUUUGGGAGUCUGAAACAGACUAAUCUGAUUUACAUUAUUCAGUAUGGGAACAAAUUCGUUUGGUAACGGCACUUGAACAGCCUUCUGGAAUGAAUUAAGGCCAAAAUUCGAGGUACCACUGUAGUUUUAGAUGAGGGGGAAUGUGUAAUAUGUAAUAGGCAAAACAUUCCUAAUAUAGCCAGUAGGCCUACUGCAUUGCUGCUCUUUUUUUUUUUUUUUUUUUUUUUCAGUGUAGGGAGUUUAGAGAUUUCAACCCAUGAAUAAGUUGAUGCUGUACAUUUUGCCAAAAAAAUUUUGGCCACUAAACCUAGACCUAUACUCUAGUAUAAACAGUAAGGCCAGUCUCGCAUUUCUUUCUUGGUAGCUCACUACUGUCAACUCAGGCACCAGCCUGUAUGCACUUCUUUGUACUUUCUAAGAGUUUCACUUUGUGUUUUAUUAGGACAGGAUUUCGUAUAGGUGUUGCAUAUUUGAGAAUGGCUUUCAAACUCAUAAGUUGCUGAGCUUAACCUGUGCUGCUAACCUGUUUUUGUGCUAGAGGGAACAGGUUUGGGGCAGUUGAUAUUUCUAGAUUCUCUUUAACUGCAUUUGUGAGCUCAUUUUUCCCCUAGGUGAUACACUACACUCAACACCCACCCACCUUCCCACAUCUCCCAGUUUUUGAACUUGGCUUUUGUCUAGGUUAAACUCCAGUAGUCAUUUAUUUAACUAUUCUUAGUCUGUCCAAGUAUUCAUGUGAUCUCCUUCUAUCCUCUUCAUUUAUAUUUUUAUUAUUAUGGCAACUUUUAGAGAGAGUGACAUGCAGGAGUUUAUUUCUCUUGUCAGGGUGUUGAUAUACAAUAUGAAGAAUAUGGGACCCAACACUGAUCAUUGUGAUUACUUGUGUGUGUACACACAAGUACAGGAGUGUUGUUUGUGAUUUCCAUAUUUUUCAAAUGACUAAAAACAUGUUUGAUAUAAAGACACAUUAUGGGAUUGUCUAUCACACCAAUUAUUUGGUUGUAGUGAUAUUGUAAAUUAUAAUACAGUCUUUACUAGUUAGCUCCAUGUCUCUUUGAACAAAGAUAUUUUGAAUACAUUUGAAGGUAUCUAAGAUGUCCAACCAAUAUAAUAAGAGCACCUUACAGAGAGUUCAUAGCCUAGCACUUGUGUUCCACCAGCAGCUCAUAGCAGGGAUCUCUUAAAUACAUGUACAAUAUUGGUAUUUAAUCCAUUUUUAUUGAAGUUUAGUAUUGCAUUGAAAUCUGACCAAAAUGUGCAUAUAAGUAUUGAGUGGUUAUUGAAAAUUAAAGUUGAUUUCAUUGUACUCUAUUAUAUAGAUACAGAUUUUAAGGUGAAACAUUUGUACUAGGUAUUGACUAAAAAUAUCAAGACUUAGGGCCUAUAAACAUCAAUGCCAGUAGGUCCUCACAAAUGAAGUGAUAUUCCUUGUUCUCAGGAAUGAUUUUUGUAAAUACUUGUAUUAACUAAUUAGAAUUAAAUACGGGCAGUAUUUUGAAUAGUAGAUUAUAUUCUCGUGAAAAAUGCAAAUGUGCUGACCUCGUGUUCAACGAUUCAGAUAUUUGUACUUGAUAAUUCAAUUAGUUAUGGCACUCUUACUCUCAGGCACUUUAUGGCCCUUAUGGGUUUGAUAUAAUAAUAUGGCACUCCUACAUCUUUGCAAACCUUACAAAUUCUAGUGUUACUUAUAAAAUGCAGGGUACUAUGCAGCAUUUAAAUGCAAAUUUCUUCAGUUCGAUCAAUGCUCUGUGAGUGUUUCUAGUUUUUUCAGGUUGCUGUAUGAUCUAUUAUAAGGUGAAUGACCCAUGUGGGUUUAAUGUUUUUUCACUACAUUUACAAUAAUAUUACAACUGAAGGUCAUGUGGUUGUAUUUAGGAACCAGGGCAAAAGCUUUCAUUUUUAUAUAUUGUCUUUCUCUGCCUGCAUGUAAUUUUAUUGUGAUGAUACAGUGCAUUGGUUACAUGCAUAUUGGUUGUAUAUGCAUUGGUGGCAUACACAUUGGUUGCAUACAUGUUGGUUGUAUACAUAUUUUUUUGUACACUUGCAUCGAUGGUGAUGCAAAGACAUGGCAGAGAUAUGAUGGUAUAGGCCAAGUGAAGUAGUCAGUCAUGCCAACAAUGCACUUCAUCAGAAUUGAGACACCUCAGACUUCACCCCUCUACAUAAUCCUUAGUGGACCAGUAGUGGUGCCAAGGUACAUAGAGCAGGUGCAGGAGAAAACUGAAGUUUCCUAUAAUCUUAGCCAGCUACCAUCCCAACCCCCAUAAAGCUCCCUGAAAUGAAAAAAAAACCUAGCUUCAGGAUAAGACCCCUAGCUUCUUCUCACGAGCAGAUUGCCGCCCUGUGCAUAGCAAUUCCUGUGCACUGGUAUUUAGUAAUUUUGAAUUUGGCACUAUUUUAUUGCAAGAACGGCAUAUCUUGGUGCAAAGAUGUGACACAUCAAUACUUUCUGGAAUAUAAAAGGUUUCUACAAGACCUUUCAUAUUUAAGAAUACCACCAGUGCCAUGUUUCUUUACUAAUUAGAAGCAAUGCUGCCAUCAAAAUGAUAUGAAAACUCUCCUCUGAUUAUUCAUGCAGGCACAGGUUUCACUCACUUUAUGCAGGUUUGCUUUAUAUGAAUUCUCUGUGUUGACCAUCUUAGCCCUGGUGGGUUUGGUGCUUAGUUCUGAUUGUAAUAUUGAUAACAAAAAGGCACAAUACCGUGACUGGAACAAUACACAAAUAACCCGCACGUAGAAGAGAGGAGCUUACGACAACAUUUCGGUCCGACUUGGACCACUUGCAAAGUCACACAGUGUGACUUUGUAAAUGGUCCAAGUCGGACUGAAACAUUGUCGUAAGCUCCUCUCUCCUAUGUGCAGGCUAUUUUUGUAUCGUAAUACGUAUUGAUAAUAUGUGACGACCAGUUCUCCCUAUACUGUUAGUUCGGCUCACAGAAACGUUUUUUUAAGAUUUUUAGCAUUGGCCAUCUUUCAUCAAGGUAGGGUGAUCCAAAAAAGAAAACACUUUUACCAUCAGUCAUUCAGUCACUGUUUUGUUAGACAUAUAUUGAUAUCAGUCGUGAUUCUCUGAUCUGCAAAGUUCCUACUCUUCCUCUAGAGUGCAGGUACUGUAUUUCCCACCACCAGGACUUGAGUUUGGCUAACUGGUUUCUGCAACAAUUUCUUUACAAAUGUUCUGUAGUAUCAAGUGAGUAUCAGGUUACAGAAAUCACUUACCACUUAAUAUGCCUAAUUAAGUGUUGAUGGGCACCCAGUUGAGCCCAGUACAGCCAUUAUAGACCUGGAAUGCAUCCGCUGCAUAAAGUGAAGAGUACCUGUACUAUACAUGAUCAGAAACUACAGUUGUAUGUGUCAGUAUCAAUAGUUAACUACAUGUGAGUGUUUUUCUAUUUUCAAUGUCCAACCUGAGGCCAGACUUAACUGUUGAUUUAUUGAUCAUCUAGACUGUUGUUGUCAGCAGUUUGCAGGCCUACAUAGCCAUCACAGCUUGGCUGAUCUGAGAGUAUUGUAAAAAAAUGUAAGCAGUUGUAAUUCAGUCUUGUAAAAGUGCCUCGGAAAAUGAUAAGAAUGUUGAUUUGGUGUGUGUUUCUGCAUGGGUGUAUGUAUACUUAUUUUUUAAGGGAUUAAUGUGAGUGGACCAAAUAUGGGUCAGUUCCCUCCCCCCCCCCCAUCUUACAUUUAUGCCAUGAGGGAAACUCAUUGUUGUAUACUGUGUGGCAUUCAUUUUUGUACAUGCAGUAUGUAUGUGUACAUGUCGUGCUUCAUAACCAGAGUAAGCCAAACACAUAAGCAACCCUCACCCUUGAACCCUGUGUAUAAUUGGCAAAGUAGAUGCAUUGUGAUUAUAUUGUGUUGUGAAUCUUGACUUGUCAUCGAAAUUAACCAUUUGAUUACAUUAUCAAAAUUCUCGUGCAUCACUAAGCAGUAUGAGGGAAAACUGAAAUGUACAUCAUAUGUAAGUUUUAUUUUUUUCAAUGCACCAGCCAUAUCCCACCAAGGCAGGGUGAUCAAAAAAGAAAAACAAAAGUUUUUCUUCUUAAAUUUAGUAAUUUAUACAGGAGAAGGGGUCAUUAGCCCCUUGCUCUCGGUAUUUUAGUCACCUCUUACGACAUGCAUGGCUUAUGGAGGAAGAAUUCUUUUCCUAUACACUCAGUGUUGUAACUGGAAGAUACAUGAAAGCCUUGGUAAUGUGUGCUGAGCAGAUAGUAAUCUUAUUUUUUCUUUGUAUUUAUCAUUCCUUGGAUUUUCUUUUCCAUUGAGAAUUACUCCUCAUUAUUAUUUUUUAAGUGCUCAUAAUUUUUUUGGGAGGUCGAAACUUUUUUGUACCCAUUUACAGUAAGACGUACUUAUAAAAUUGCAUAUAUGUUCUUAUGAGCAAGGUUUCUUAUUUAAAUAAAGUAAUAGAGUAGUACUACACAUUAUGAUUUCAUUUUUAGUGUUUUUGAAACUUCAAACGUUUUAUUAUGUACACAUUUAAAUGCAGUAGCCCCUAUUCACACCAUUGAUUAAGAACAAAUAAUAGGUAAUGAUGCAAGCUUUGGGGAUAACUGUUAUUAAUAUUAUUAAUUAUUAUUAAUGAUACAGGUAAGAAUUGUGAUUCAUAUUUUAGCAGAUGUUAGUUGAGAGCUCCUUUUGAUGAAUGUGCUAGAUUUUCAGAAUGUAGUAUAACAUAAUUUUAUAUAUAUAUUUAUAUAUUAAAAAUAUUUGAAAAUGUGUGCAGGAAGUUUGUCUGUACUAACUUUCUUAGAUGAUACCAAAAUGUGUCACUUAGACUAUCCAGAACUCAUUGUUUAUUUCUGAAAGACUUCACAUAUUGUAUUGAUACUGAAAAUUUAUCUACUAGCAGGUACACAACUAGACAGUAUGUAUUUAAACAAUUUAGAGAUAUCUGCUGCUGAUAUGCCAUUGUUAAUUAAUUUUUAAAUGACUUAUUCUGGCUCAAAAUCAUAAUAUCAUGAUUACCAUUGGUUUGAAUGCCACCUGCUCUGUGAAUUACUAAACUUCUGUAAUGAGGGUUGGGGUGUUUUGUCUCUUUUUGUGUAUUCUGCACUAUGCAUUAUUUUUUGGGGAGAAAAAUAAUUUUUACAUGAACAAAAAGGCACAACGCUGUGACUGGAAUACAGAAAUAACCCGCACAUAGAAGAGGAAAUCUUACGACGACGUUUCAAUCCAUCUUGGACCAUUUACAAAGUCACACUAACAUGAAAGAUAGGGGGAGACAGUCUAUUUAGGCAAGCAGACAGGAAUGGGACCAAGAGUGGUAGUAGUGGUUUUUUAAUGACGAUAAUUGGUUGACAGGAAUUAAUAGCUGGUAUUUUCUGCAUAUCUAUACAAGAGUCGAGUUAUGAAUACAGUACAGGUAUACUGUAAAUUAAUUAAUUUUCAUAUAUUGGAAGUGGUAGUAGUAGUAGUAGUAGUGGUAGUAUACAGUAGGAAGAGUGGUUUAUGUGGGACAAGAUAUAGAAAAAGGGAGUGAAGGGUGGUGGGAGACAAAAGUAGUUGCAAAAGUAGUAGGAAAGGAAAUAGUAGUAGUGGGAGUGGGGUCAGUCAAAAGAGAAGAAAGAGGAGCACUGCAGGAGAGCUAAGGGCCCACGAAGGGUAGGACCAUAAACAUGAGGGGAGGGGGGUAACUGAAGGACAGGACACCCUAGGCAUAUGAAAGAAAAAAUAAAGAAAGAGAAAUGAAAAAUAGGAAAGAAGAGGCAGAGAGAGAGAAGGAGAAGAAAUUAUCAGGUUAAUUCACAUAUGUUCUGGAGUUUAGAGCAUUUGACAAUGUAAUGAGAAAUGAAGGCAUCUACAGGGACAAAGCCAGGACUAAGAUUCCUAUACAAGAAAAGAUGUGAAUAAGGGGUGAUUCAACAAGACGGCGACUGUGAAAGUUAGAAGCAGGGAAAACAAUUCUAGCAGAGGAUCAGUCAAUAGGAUGACUGUGAUCUCUAACAUGACAGAAAAGAGCAUUGUUGGUGUCAGCAAACCUAACACUUCAUUUGUGCUCCUUGAGCCUGUCAGAGAGAGAGAGUGGCCAAUUUCUCCAGAGUACUGAAGAGGAUAAGAGGGGCAAGAAAUAGAAUAGACACCAGGAGCAUUUAUAGCAAGAGGAGAGGUACGGGCUAGAUUACUGUGGAGGGUGUUAGUUUGAUGAAAAGUAAGUUUGAUGUCUAAGGAACAGAAAGAAUUGUCAAGGUUAGAAAGACUGGAAAUAUAGGAAGGCAGAGAAUAGAAGAUUUCACAGGAUUAGAGAGUUUGUGAGAGAAGAAAGUCUGUUUAGCCUGUGAGAAGGCAGUUUACGAAAUAGGAAGGGUAGCCAAGAUGAGAGAAUGAAUUACGAAGAGUGGAAAUUUCUGAUUUAAUUAACCGAGGGUCACAAAUGUGGAGGGCACCUUCCUGUCUGCUCACCUAUAUAUACUGGCUCCCUCUAUCUUUCAUGUUAGUGUAAUUUUGUAAAUUGUCCUAGACAGACCGAAACAUCAUUGUAAAAUUCUCUGUUCAUUGUGAAGGUUGUGUAUUGUGUAAUGUGUCAUUUUUACAUGUUUGUAUAUAUGUGUGGGAGAGUUUGUGUAUGCGGAUCUUGUAUUUGUGCAAGCGUUUUAUAUACUGUACCACACUGUGAAAUGUGUGUGUGUGUGUUGUUCUUUGUACUGCUGUUUCCAUGUCAUUUUUAAUCAUAAAUAUACUGUGCACUCCACAGUUACUCUUGUGAUGUGUGGAAAGAGAGGACGGGAGAUACUGUAGAUGGUGUGGUUAAAAAUUGUCGUAAGUAUGUUUGUUGCCUUAAUAAGGAUUGCAAUAGUGCUUGUGGCUUUAAGAUGUAACAAGGUUUGGAAUGAGGUGAAGUAAUAUUGAAACUAAGGACUGGCGUUUUAUGAUUUACCUAGGUCAGAAAGGGAAUUCUACAUCUUUGAAUAAUCUAAUUUUAGGCUGUGUUAUGCUCAUUGGUAAUUGGUAUCUCAUUUUGUUCCUAAUUAUCUUAUUUGUUUUAUGAUUAAGAUUUUACUGUGGUUUUGAGGAAUAUAAUAAUUUUUCGCCUUUUGCGACCAUAAUGGCUCUUUACCACUUAAUAUGUAAUUUAACUGCUGAGAGAAACUGACAGUUCCAUCCAGAAAUAUCUAAUUUUUUGAGCAGAGAUUUGUGUGUGCAUGGUUGAGUUAGGCUUAUUAUUCUAUUUUUGAUGGUAGAUGACAGAGCUUGUGACCCAGGGAACAAGAAUGGGUUUUAAUACCAAGGAGAUGGUGUUGAAUUAAAAAAUUUUAAGUGAGCUAAGUUGCUAAAUCUGUACUGCAAUUUGAGUUCAUUUAAAAGGGUUCAAUCAUCUUUCAGUUGCUAUUAUAUACUAAACUAGUUAUUUAUUUAGUUGUCAUUUCUCAGUAUAAAAAUGGCUUAAUUUUGUUUCCAGUGCUAAAAAUUCAUAAUAAAACACUGAUUUGAAAAACCUUUGCAUCUGAUAUUUUAAUGCCUGGUGGUCCACAUAAUUCAGGUUCUCUUAUUGUAGAUUAUUGUGCAUUUCCUUUUGGGUGCAUUUGCUUAAGUAUUACUGUACAGUACAGUACACAUGAUGAAAGUAUUUUCUUUUUGGGGAUUUUCUUUCUUGUUUGGGUCACCCUGCCUCUGUGGGAGAUGGCCAACUUGUUAAAAAAAAAAAAAAAAGUACACAUCCUCUUGGGUACAUAUUGCUCGACCAAAAUUAUUUCACACUUCAGCAUUCCUUGCUGGCAUUAAAUGCCAGUUUACUUUUUCACAUUUUAUAUAACUUAUUUAAAUUCUUAAAAUAUAAGUAGAUUUGGUUAACACAAUAUUGCUAGUUUUUGUAUUAUACAGUAUCUGUUUUGCUGGAUGAAUUUCAGUUAACAGAUUACCUCUGUAAAUGGAGGGAAUUACUACAGUAAAUCAUUCCUAUUGUUGACUCGCUAAAUCCCAGCGAGAUUUCCCAUUAUGAAAAUCAAGGUUUGACAAGAGUGUUGCUAAAAUAGUCAUGAGAUAUUGGUAGUUUGUGCUAGAUCAUGUGGUGCAUCAGAACUUUAAGUGAUAAACACAGGGUUUUGACUUCUUUCGGUGCACUUGGGAUUUCAUGUGGUAAUGAGGUUUGUUUACUCGCUCACUUACACCCAGUAGAACACCUGUGAAGAAACGUUGUAAACAACCCGAGUGAAUGGUGAUUGUUCUCCAUUCCGCUUGUGCUAAAUGGUCCAAACAGGUUUAGCUCUUUACAGAGAAUUUUUUUUAUUGUGCUAUGAGAUUUGAACUACAUCAAAGAGGCUUCUCUGCAAUUGAUUUGAGUAUGUAUAUGAGAGGAAAGUAUAAUUUGAAUAUUUAGUUGGGUAAUAUUUUAUUAAUUACUUUUAUCUUGGGUGGUAUAAGUGUGACUUGUUGACCAAAAAUGUUAUAAGAUUUAUCUGUGAAGUUUUCCAUUGUUUAUGAUAAAUAUUUUAUUUGUCACUUGUCAAAUUAUUUGUCUACCCAUGGUAGCUCCCAUACAUGGCCAACAUUGCAUUUUAUCCUAAACAUCUGUGUUAAAAGGUUAGCUCAGUAUACUUUAUUUCAAGGGACGAUAAACUGCCAUUGAUAUAACCUGUUUAAAGUAAUUCUAGGUUUAAGUAUAAAUACUGUAUACUGUAUCAGUAUUUCAAAUUUUAUAUUAAAAAUGUUUAUUAGAACAGUACAUAUAUUGUUAUAUGAUAUAGGUGUGUGUCUAUGCCUGCGAUUAAAGUAUACAGCCUGAACCUUCUCUAUGUUGCAACUGUUGCCUUAAUGUAGCCUUCCGGUCAUAUUCUUAAAUAUCACCCAAGUUACUGUGAUAACUUGCAACAAGUUGACACACAAUUUUGCAGUGUGACGCUAUAUAAUUUUUGGCCGUAUUACUAAGUCAUUAAGAGUGGUACACUCCUCAGGUGUUGUUCAAGAAUAUGGCCCUUUACGUACUAAGAAAAAUCCUUGAAAAAUAAAAACAUAUUCCUAAAUAUAGAUAAUUUCUAACUAUACAGUAAGGAAUGUAUUUAAUACAUGGAAUUUGUCACACCUUCUGUGAGUUAUUUUUCUCAAGUAUUAGCAGGUAUACCUGAAGGGUGUUCCAGGUAUACUUAGGUACUACUUAUAUUAGUGAGAGUAUGGUGAAAAACUAAUAUUAAUGCUUUAGAUUUUAACUGCAUAAACUCCAUAGCUUUUAAAUUGCUACUGGUGUAAUCCUAAAUUAUGCCUUUUUUUUUUUUUUUAAACAUACAUUCUCGCUUUCCUCUUUCACAGUAGCUUUAGUACACUGGCAUCCUCGAAACCAUUUCUCUAAAAUUUGUCUAAUGCCAGUUUGACAAAGAAUAAUGACCACAAGUAAAUUUUGAAGUAAAUUUUGGCACCAUGUUAAUGUUGUAAAUACAAUACUUAUUUCACUCAAUAAUAUUGUGUGUGUGUGUGUGUUUAUACA